AUGAAUCUUCGGGUAGCAAAAGCGGAUGAUUUAUUGAAUACGCAACAUUGCAAUUUGUUAUGUUUACCCGAAAAUUACCAGAUGAAAUAUUACUUUUAUCAUGCCUUAUCAUGGCCACAGUUAUCGUAUGUUGCCGAAGAUGAUAAGGGUAAUAUUGUUGGUUAUGUAUUGGCAAAAAUGGAAGAAGAAGCAGAUGAUGAACCCCAUGGUCAUAUUACUUCAUUGGCGGUCAAGCGCUCAUAUCGCCGUCUCGGUCUUGCCCAAAAGUUAAUGGAUCAAACAGCUCGUGCAAUGAUUGAAACAUUCAAUGCUCGUUAUGUCUCUCUUCAUGUACGUGUAUCAAAUAGAGCUGCAUUGAAUCUUUAUCAGAACACUUUAAAAUUUGAAAUUUCUGAUGUGGAACCGAAAUAUUAUGCUGAUGGUGAAGAUGCCUACGCAAUGAAACGUCCAUUGGUGCAAUUUGCUAUGGAAAAUAAUAUUGAACCAGCAGAUAGGAAAGCAUUUUUUAGUACGAAAGAAGAAAGAGAGCAUGCAAGGAAGCUGAAAAAUAACUAG